AUGCCAUCGGAUGUGAAAGAGUUUCUGCGCCAAGCGGCUAUGCAGGUUGGAGCAGGUGGAUCGGCCGGUUUCGUGGAGGUGUGCAUCAUGCAUCCACUCGAUUUGGUUAAAACAAGACUCCAGCUUCAAGCGAGCCCUGCUGCCGGUGCUGCUAAAUCGGUUACGUACUACAAUGGCGUAUUCGAUUGUAUCCGCAAAAUGGCCAAAGCGGAAGGAAUAUUUUCACUGUACAAAGGUAUCCUACCACCGGUGCUGGUGGAAACGCCUAAACGGGCGGUAAAAUUUUUAACCUUUGAGCAGUACAAACGCUUCUUCAUGUUUGGAUCGGAUAAACCAACGCCUCUGACAUUUUCUCUGGCUGGUCUAGGAGCGGGUGUAACGGAAGCUAUUCUGGUAAAUCCAUUCGAAAUGGUUAAAGUUACUUUACAGGCAAACAAAAACAAGAUGGGCCAGGUUCCUAGUACUUGGGCAGUUACGAAGCAAAUCAUUAACGAGUCCGGGUUCGGGUUGAAUGGAUUGAAUCGUGGACUAACUGCCACAAUCGGGCGCAACGGUGUGUUCAAUAUGAUCUACUUCGGGUUCUACCAUAGCGUUAAAGGCAUCGUUCCGGAGUAUAAGGACCCUGUGCAAGAAUUUCUUCGCAAGGUUGGCAUCGGAUUCGUCAGUGGAACACUCGGCUCGAUCGUGAAUAUUCCCUUCGAUGUGGCAAAGUCUCGAAUUCAGGGACCUCAACCUGUUCCGGGACAGGUAAAGUAUCGUACGACGUUUGGCUCGAUGGUGAUCGUUGCCCGUGAGGAAGGUUUUGCGGCUCUUUACAAAGGCCUCACCCCGAAAGUGAUGCGUCUAGGGCCGGGCGGUGCAAUCAUGCUGGUAGUUUACGACUAUGUGUACGCAUUUCUGGACGAUUACUUCAAGUAG